AUGGACCAAAAUCAACAAUGGAACUGGCGCCAACGCGGCCAGGGAGAAUAUAUCCCGCCGCCGCCUAAUGGUGCGAACCCAUUCGGCAUGCCGUUCAGCAUGCCUCCGAAUUUCAAACCCGGGUGGACCCAGCCGGCACUACAGUACCCCUUUCCCCAACCAAGCCAGCCGCAGCAACAAAACGAUGGUAGAGGCUGGGGUAGCCAUGCGACAUUCGGUCUACCAGGGCUCUCAGGGCCAUUAUUUCCAGCCACGCACCAACAAAACGAUGGUAGAGAUCAGAGCCAUAUGCCCUUCGGCCGCGUAGGGGACCAGCGCUAUCUUCCUCAAGGCAACCAACCCCCUUCACAAAACGAUGGCAGAGGCCGUAGCCAGGCACAGGCCAGUCAACCAACCUCCUGGAACCCUUUCCAGACUAGCCAGCCUCGCCAACAGGACUAUGGUCGGCGCCAGGGUGAAGGGGACUUUUAUCGCCCGUCACCUCAGUUUCCUGCUCCCCAACCCAACCCACAGAACCAGCAGGGUGGUGGCGGAGCCUCGGGCGGCCGUAAGCGCCAACGCUCGCGCCGCAACGAACGGCAGCGGAAUCCAAGAUCCCCAGGACCCCAGCGAGCCACUCCUCCUGACUGGGUUUUCCCCCCCGAGAACGCCCCUCUUCCCUUCCCCAUGGAUAGCCCUGCCACGGGUCCUUUUCGUUCUACCAGACCGGCGCAGCGGAACACCCCGGGUAUCUCUUGGAACGGCACGAAGAUAAAAAAAAAGGACAUGCCGACUACCUCUUGGAGCGGCACGGGGAAAAACAAAGUAAAACACAAGCACUAUCCUCAAUAUAUUCCCCCGAUCGCCGCGGAACUCCAGGCCAUCGCCCUAGGCCGCCGCGACCCCAUCACGCAGCCCUCGCUCGCGUCGGGCGGCAUCCCCGACCCGACCCCCGAAUACCUCCAGCGCGCCUCCUUCAUGCCCUACCGUCUAGCCGCCCCAAAACCCAUGCUCGUGGUGAUCGACCUCAACGGCACGCUGGUCUACCGCCCCAACAAGCGGCAGGCAACGACCUUCGUCGAGCGGCAGCUGGCGCGCACCUUCCUGAAGAACUGCAUCGACCGGUACCCCGUGGUCAUCUGGUCAUCGGCGCGCCCGGAGAACGUGCGCCGCAUGUGCGCCCAGCUGCUCUCGCCGGACUACCUCGCCCGCGUCGUCGCCGUCUGGGGCCGCGACCGCUUCGGCCUAACCACCGAGGACUACGACCGCCGCACCAUGUGCUACAAGCGCCUGACGCGCCUGUGGAACGACCCGGUCGUGGCGGCCUCGUACCCGCGGGCGCCGCGCGCACGCUCAUUCGCCGGCCCCGGUUCCGACGCCAACUUACUCGAGGGCAUGGACACCGUCCCCUCCGAUAGCGGGCCUCUGGACGGCGGGGCGUGGGACCAGUCCAACACGGUGCUGAUCGACGACACGGCCGAGAAGUCGCGCAGCGAGCCGUACAACGCCGUGACGCUGCCCGAGUUCGCGGGCAACCGGGACGAGAAGCCGGGGAGGAUCCUGGCGCAUGUGGAGAGGUACCUCGAGGCCUUGUCGUUUGAGAACGACAUCAGUACCUUCAUCAGGGCCAAGCCGUUCACCAUGGACCAAAUUCCAACUAGCGACCAUCCGCUCAGCAUGGAGUGGAGUCCGUCGUCUAAGAACAAGCCGCUCAGCAAGGAGCGAGGUCAGUCGCCCAAGAACAAGCCGAGCAGCAAGGAGCGAGGUCAAUCACCCAAGAACAAGCCACCCAGCAUAGAGCGAGGUCAGUUGCCUGGGAUGGCCGAGCGGGGGUCGUUUGGGGGGUCGUCUCGGGCGUCGUCUCGGGCGUCGACUCCGCCGUCGGCUUGA